AUGGGAAGAAAGAGUAACGGUCGCAAAAAAAUUGACAUGGUGAAGAUACAAAACGAGAGAAACUUACAAGUGAGUUUCUCCAAGCGACGAAUUGGCCUCUUCAAGAAGGCUAGUGAACUUUGUACAUUAAGUGGUGCUGAAGUUGCCUUAGUGGGUUUUUCCCCCGGAAACAAAGUUUAUUCAUUUGGCCACCCUUCUGUGGAUUUGGUCAUGGAUAAGUUCCUCGUAGAGAACCCUCAACCCAAUAUUGAUGUUCCUAACCAUCGAAAUGCUAAUGUUGGUGAGGUCAAUAUGGAAGAGUUGAUCGAUAAAGAGGGGAUAUUGGAAAUGGAGAGAAGCCGCGGAAAAGACUUACAAAGAACCUGGAGGGAGGAGCGUUGGUGGGAAGCUCCAAUUGAAGAGCUAAACUUUUUUCAACUUCAACAAAUGGCAGAGGCAAUGGAAAUGACAAAGAAGCAAUGUGAAAUAGAGGCGGAACACCAGCAAAAGGUGCAUGGUAUUGCAUUUCCAUAUCGUACCCUUGGAAGUGCCUUGGCUCCUUAUGGGGGGGCUAGGGCGAGCUUUUCGUAUGGCUCCAAUGCUAGGGCAUCUGAAUUUCGUGACUAG